AUGCCCUUUCAACCGGGUUUCACAGCAUUGAGAGCGACAGCGGCGCGAGCCUCAGAAUUCGUCUACUGCGGAGACUACCUCGACAAAUACAACAUUAUUUACCUUCAAGGCAAGAGAGGCCGGCUUGCCAACAUGGACGUAGACUGCGAUGGGUUGCAGGGCGGCGGCGACGGACGCUGCGGUAGCUCCACUGAUACACAAUCUGAGACGACAUUCCGCGACACGUUGAGAGGGUAUGAUACAGGCAAACAAGACCUCAACGCCUCGGUGCAUUCUUACGUCGUUUUCGGCAAUCAAGGCACUAAGAGCGGAUGGCCUACUUUCGACCCAACAAAGCACGGUGUCAAGCCUCUUAGUGUAAUGGCGGUUAUUUACGGGGUUUGGGGAGACACAAAUGGUGACGACGGACCUGAAGCUAUGAUCGGCGAGGCGUCUAUUUCUCUUGCCACCGCAUGCUACGGUAGCAGUAUCAAUGGCAACACGGGACACGAUGACAAUGAUGUUCUGUACAUUGCCUUCACAGGAGAUGAUGCAGUUCCUGGGGCAAGUGGCGCUGCUUGGAAUGCAUCAACCUAUGAGGACUUCGCAAGCAGCAUAACGGAUUUGGGGAACAAACUUGUUGCGCGUGUGGGCAGCGGCUGUAACGACGGGCCGUUAUCGGAAAGGUGGCUCAUGUACUCUAUAGUCAUUAUUGGGACUCUUAUGUUGAUGAGCUAA